UCGGGUGCAAUCCUUCCCAGCAUUCCUCAGUGACGCUCACUCGGCUUAGCAACUACCUUGCGCUGCUCGCGAGAGUGGACAACGUAACUGUUAUUAUUUGGUUGACGAAAUUAUUCUUGCCCUAUGCUUUUGACUGGAUUACUGCAAGCUCUGGACGCUUUUAGCUGGACUGCCGUUCCCAGCGGAUCGUCGAGGGAGUACGCUCCAUAAUGACAUAGCAGCCGGGACCCUUCUAGUGGCUCCACAGCACGUCACUGGUGUAGCCCGGUUGUUCCCAGUCCAGUAUGGUGGACUGUCGUGGAUCUCCUCCAACUAGAAGUGUGGCCCAUUUCCCGAGUAAGCUGUACCCACUUCUCAAGACCUUCAUGACUGUGCAUCCAAACGCUAGCUGCACCGACAACUGCUCUGGCCAUGGUGAAUGCCACCAGGGCAUCUGCUUCUGCGAGGUGCAGUAUAGCGGAGGAACCUGCACCGAUCCAAACCUCAGCUACUUUGUGGCUUUUUCGACCAUCUUUUAUUUAAUUUGUGCGGUCUCUUUUGUUCAACUGCUUGUUUGCAUACGAUCUGAAUUUAGCCGAAUCAAGCCACCUUCGCUUCUGAAAGCUUUCAAAGUGACCACGCAGAAGGCCCUAUAUGCACUUAUCUGCAUUGCCACCUUUGCCAGAGGAUUCUACUUUUCAUCUCCAGAAAAUGCAUCUUUAGAAUGGGCAUCUAGUUUGAUGAGCGCUUACUACCCACUGCUCCUCACUGGUUCGUCUCUUAUUGUCUGCUUUUGGGCUGAGGUGUUUCACCUCCGUGACCUCCGGCAUGACAAGCCGCGUUUCCUUAGCAAGUCAUUUCUUGGCUUUCUUGCAUUCAACAUCAUCACCUACUCGCUCCUGCUGGCUGAGUUGGUGCUCACACAAUUUGCUGGCUAUGGGGAAACAGAAAGGAGCCUCUUCUUGGGUGUGUUCAAUGGCUCCUUUGCUGUCCUCAUGGUCAUUGUUGUGGUCUUCUUCCUGAUCUAUGGAGUGGAGGUCUACUUCAAGGUGCGUGGUGCUUUUGUGGCUGGGCCCCCAACGCUGCCCAACAUGUCGCAAGUGCACCAGUCACGACUAGGACUUGUCGCCUUUGCCACCCUGCUGCUGACAAUGGUUUUAUUCAUUUUCUCUGAUGUCAUGGGCUCCUUCUGGAAGGACAAGGUGGCUGUGCUGGGCCGAAACUGCCAUGAUGUAAUGUUCCGUGUCAUUGAGAUGGGCCUGGCACUCUGGUUUCCUUGUGUGCUCUGGAAUUGUGUCCAACCGCAACAGCUGUGGAUACUGAACCCGAAAAAGCUCCUUGUGCGACGAGAGCCUGAGAAGGUGGUUCCUACAGGCACAGAGUCAGAGGCCCUGUUCUCGGUACCUAAAGAGCUGGCCAAGAGUGGAGAUAGCCUCAGCUCUCUGGAAAAAGUACCAGAAUGCUUCAUCUGCUAUGAUACAGAGAGAACUGACGCAGGACCCCUGAUUCGCCCGUGCAACUGUAAGGGGGAUGUCUCUGUCGUGCACCAUGACUGCCUUCGUACCUGGCUGAUCGAGUCUGCUGGUAAUUCGGACAGCAACCGUUGCAAGGUCUGCAAUGAAGAAUACGAAUUGGAACGUGGAGAGGUCUGGCUGCCUAGUGGCCUGUCAACAGCUCACUGGCUGCAGACAGCUGCUGUGUUGGUGAUCAUGGGCAGCGCAGUCUCAGGUGCCUGCUUGGUUGUCAAGGUCUUCGACAAUGUUGGCAUCCGCACCCUUGCCGUGGGUCUCGCCCUGCUGGUUGAAUAUGUAUGCUUGCGGCUCUUGGGCAUCAGCGUGCUGGAAGCUUACCAGCGUGCCAAGUACUCGGCAGUUAGGAUCUUGGGGAAGCGACUGUCGGGUCCCGGCACUGAGCGCAUUGUGACGGCCACACCGAGCGCCCGCCUCGUGGUGCCUCGCACUGGAGGACACCUUCCAGCUGAUCACCGUGCCAUGCUUACCACUGCACUUGUGACACCGCAGCCAGCCGCUGACUCGGAACUUGUCAUCUGAGCCCUUGUCUCGUAUUUUUCUUCCCUGUACACCCCCUCCCCCGUACAUGAGAGAGCUGCUUUUAGAGGGGCCGCGGUGCUCUGCUGCUGACAAAAUUGCAACUCCACUCUCUGGGGGACGCAAUGGUUGGGUGUGCCAGGCACCCGCUCCUUGUAGCCACCAGUAGGUCCGUGUUCAUAGUGGUGUUCACCCCUCAUAAAAGGCUGCCUGAAGAUACGCAGUAUUGUUCAGUUUGAGCUUCCCUUUGCACACCUCUUUCAAUGCUCAUUUUGCAUGUGACCUUUGACCUGCGCAGCUAGGUGAAUGCUUGUGAAGAAGGAAAAAGAAAGAACAUCAUGACUGGCAAGGGCAGUGCAUGCUCUGGUGCAACUAUAUCUAGUAAUUUAAAUAGGAGGUUCUUGGUCUUGUGUGGGUGUGAGUGGAUGUGCGAGUGUGAAUGCAAGUGUGUGUGUAUGUCACUUCCCCUCUUGUACUUUUAGAUUUGUUUCACUCUUGGAGCUCUUUUUAUUUAUGAGUUUUCUGAAAAAUAUAUAUUCAUUUCUUUUAGUCCAGCGUUAGUGCUGUUUACACGGACUAAUUACUACAGCCAAAGAAUGUUCAGUGAACUGUGCAGACAAGAAAAGAAAGUCUUUUCUUCAUUGUGCAGGUUUUCUGCCUUUAGCUGGAUUACACAAAGAAGACCUCUAAAAGCAGCCUCUCCUAUAAAAGCAAUGCUAAAAAAAAGUGUCCCCAAAGACAAAGGAAACGGUGCAAUUUGGCAGAACUGAUGACAUUCCCUCACUUGUUGCUAUCUGUCCAGUUGUAUGAAGGUGUUGUCCGGUGAUAUUUGCAACUUGGUGAUCGUUUAGUGUAGUUGACUACCUGUCUUGGCACUAGCCACAAGCGUGCAUUGACACAUCUGUGAUGUCCUCAGUUUUGCCAAGCACGUUCCUGUUAGCGCUGUCUUGCGGGUAGUGCUUGCACACUACCUUCGUUUAGCACACUCGUCAAGCGCACUUGCCAAGUUCUUCACUUUUGUGUUCAGAUCUGUGCUGGGCUCUAUAAUGCUUGCUCUAGUAAAUUGGCACCACACUUGUUCGUCUUUUUCUUCUGUAAAGUGAUCUGGACCCAACGUUUUUUGUGCAUCCUGGAGUCCUUUGCUGAGUAUAAAUUUACAGUGUCUUUCAAACUAACACAGCUGGCUGAAUUUGGAACUUGGGAGUCUGCGCUCUAAGAGAGGGGAAAUGCAAAAAAUGAACCUGUACUUUUUCCUGGCUGUGUUUAGAGCUUGUGUAAUUACAAUGUUCUUGUUUCACCAAAGUUGAAUUGAAACUGCCAGGUAAGCCGAACGAGCUUUCAUCUGGAGGAUUUGCCUUCAUGACAGUGCCCUCGGUUUUGAUUUUAUGCGACAGAUGUCUUGGCCCCCCUAUUAUUAACUGGAGAGUCUGUAGUGCAGAGCAUUAGGGUUCAAGGGCGUAUGUGUAUGGUCGUGUGCAUUCAGAGACUGGAAAGUCUUGCACAAGGUCAGGUUUUCUUGCUAUUUGCUAGUCUGCGCAGUGUUGUAAAUGGGGCACCCCCUUAAUGCUCUGACAAAAUAAGUCAUGUUGGCCCGAGCUUGGCUACUGUAUUACACUGCAAGUACUUCUUAGGCCAUGAAGAAGUGUGUAGCAAUUCAGAAAAUCUUAAAUUGCACUAUGUUUUUGGUGAGGGGAGUGCGUAUUGUGCAGUUAUUAUGGUAUUCAACCUUCAGAUGCCAGCAGUUUAGUCCAAAUAUUGACAGUGUUGGAUUCUGUAGCAGUCCUACAGAUGUAGCACUUGUCCUGUCACAAGUACUUGUUUCAUUGUGAAUUUAUGCAUGCAUAUGUGUGUGCUUUUCUGUCACAAUGUUGUCGUUUUCUUUUUCGUAGUCCUGUUAAAAAACAGCCGGUGAAAGCUUUUCUUUUUUUUUUCUGAAUCUUGUCUGUUCAAGACCAUUCCAGUGAUAUAUCAAAAGGCUUUCAAGGAAGCAUACACUUUGGAGACUACGUCGUUAUAUAUGUAGCAUAGAAAUGCAUUUGCUGUAGACUAAUGUAUAUAACCUUUACGCACAAGUUUGUUCUGCUGAAAACUGUGCAUGUAGAAAGCCAUCCACAUGGAAGGAAUGGAAGUCUAUUUGGCAGCAUUGUAUAGUUACAAAGAGCAUGGAAACUGCAUUCAGGCUUUAGCUGCUGUUGCUAUAUAGUGAUAAUCGAGUGAUCAUCAUGCAUACCAAAAAUUUUUGUGCACGGAACAAGUAAAUAAUUUCAUGCUGUAUUGAAUGUUCUGGUUCUUAAUGUUUGCCAGAAUGUAGGUAAACCUUGAGGUGCACAGUGCUGCUUUAAAUACAACAUGUGCUUAUGUUGUCUGUCGAAACUUUUGUGCCAAUGUUAAAGCCAGGGCAUCAAAGACAGGUUUAUCAAAUUUGUAUGCAUGCAUUCUUUGUACUUUGCCUUCUCUAGGACAUAGGAUGUCCUGGUCACAGAAUCUCUUAAAAUGCACAAUUGCAAUAGGGUUACUGCAAACUUUAGCUGUUUUUUGCUGAAAGUGCACUGUUGGUGAUCUGUGGCAGAACUUGUGUACAUAAAUUUGUGUCAUUAAGUUAUAUGUACUAUUUGCUUUCACAAGCAGUCCGGUGUAAUUGUAGAACUGUUUAUGUUCCCUCAUAUAUUGGUAUUGAUUAAAAUUUUUUUAAUCUCA